AUGAAGGCACGUCUAUCUUUGCCACCGUUUGGGAGCUUGAGCUUCCAGGCGCUCCUGGCAAUGAUAGGAAUGCUAGGCAGCAUAGGUACGGUCGCAGCCAUCAACCCGAUCGUUCAGACCAUCUAUACCGCAGAUCCAGCUCCACUGGUGCACGAUGGCAGGGUCUACGUUUUUACCGGCCACGAUGAGGAUUCUGCAACAAACUACGACAUGCGCGAUUGGCGUUUGUUCUCGUCAGAAGACAUGGGUAAUUGGCAGCAUCACGGUGUGCCUAUAAGCCUGAGCACUUUCUCCUGGGCCAGCGCCAAUGCAUGGGCCGGACAGGUCAUCGACCGUAACGGCAAAUUCUACUACUACGUUCCGGUGACAAACAACGCAACUGGCGGCAUGGCUAUUGGUGUUGGCAUCAGUCCACUUGUCGAACACGGGCAGAUCGACCCAUCGGUCUUCAUCGACGAUGACGGCCAAGCCUACAUGUACUGGGGCAAUCCAGACCUAUGGUAUGUCAAACUCAACGAAGACAUGGUAUCCUACAAUGGGGAGCCCACCAAGGUCGAACUUACAACCGCAGGCUUUGGUGUUCGUGAUGGCAACUCUGAACGACCGACCGCUUUCGAGGAAGGUCCCUGGAUAUAUGAGCAUAUUACCUUGUAUACGCUGCGAACUGCUGCGCCGAGGAUAUCCGAUAUUCGACAGGACUUGUUCCUUUACUUCAGCGGCAAUGGUUCUGAUCCACCAUUCAACUUUGAUUGGUGGCAAUUCUCCCAAUAG